UUUAUAGAGAGAGAGAGAUUUGUUGAGAGAGACCAACUUCAAUAUAAAGCAUGCAAUCCAUCAAGCAUUUACACAUCUUUGCAAACUACCAUAGCAAGAGAGAGAUACGUCUCUGCAAACAACAAUCCUAGCAAGAGAGAGAGAGAGAGACAUCUUUGCAAACAACCCUAGAGAGAGAGAGAGAGAGAGAGAGGGCUCCUUGAGCGUUCUAUGUCUUGCUUGAAAAUUGGGAAGAAGCUGGUCCCUGUGAAGAAGGCAUGGAGAGGCCUCAGGUCUUCUCUGAAGAAAAAGAUAUACAAGUUAAACAGAUCUGAGGCCUUGAACAAAGGCAAACAUAGCCUGAACAAGGGCCUUAAGAAGGCCAUUAACGAGGCUAAACCUAUUCUCAGGGUACAUAAGAAGAGGAUUAAGAGUCGAACUACGAUCCUUCGAUAUCAUCAACGGCACUUCUCUCCGGUUUAUGUUGAAGAGCUCUUUAGUUGGCGCGUGAGCUCAUCCAAUGCCAUCGAACCAUCAGCUAAGCUUCGUGGGGCGAGCCAGGAGAAUGAGAAGGGCUCAGCGGUGGGUGCAACUGGGUCCAUGUCGGGCUCAAUGGUGGGUGCAUCCAGUUCCUUACUGGGCUCUAUACAUGGUGCACCUGGGGCGAUGCUAGGCUUGAUGGGGAGUUCAAGUGUGCCCAAGUUGGGCUCAAUUGGGGUUGGAGCAAAGUUAGAGAUGGGCUCAGUUGUGAGUGGAACUGCAUCCGGUAAGGGCUCGAUGUGGGGCGCAACUAAGUCCGAGGUGGGCUCAUUGGCUAGUGCUAGUGGGUCCGACAAGGACUCGGUUUUGGGCGCAACUAGUUCGAUUGAGGGCACGUCCCCAUGGGGGGUGGAUCUGAGGGCAGAGGCUUUUAUUAGCCGGUUUCGCGAAGAGAUGCAGCUUCAAAGGCAGCGAUCGAUCAGAGAAUAUGCAGAAAUGUUAGCUCGAGGCAUUUAAUAAAUUCGAUUUUUCAUGGAUUUAAGUUUUCUUUCUGGUCUUUACAUGAAUUUUCUUUAAUGUUAAUUUGGUUUGCUUUCUUUUUCCUGUUUUGGUGUUUGAUGGCUGCUACAUUUCGUAGUGGUUGAGGUGAAAAAAGGGUUAGUUGUGGAAUUAGCACUGGUGUUGUAAAAAUUGUCUCCUGCUUUGUGGAGUUCUAUUUUGUGGCGGGGGGAAGGGGAGAAUGGUUCCUAUGUCAUUACCAUGGUGAUACAUUGUAAUUCUUAAUGCAAAAGUACAUAUUUUGAUAGAAUCACACACAGACGCACUCUCUCUCUCUCUUCACACAUUAAUUGAUUCUUCCCCUCUCUCUCUCUCUCUCUCACACACACAUUUUGGUAGAAUCUCUCUCACACACAUUCUGCUAGAAUCACUCCUCCUCUGUCUCAUUUUCUGAUGGUGUCUCCCUAUCUCUCUCAUGGAAGAUCAAAUGUUGAAAUAUUUUGA